UCUUCACACAACCAGCAAAGAUGGUCAUAAAUUACAGCAAGUGGGACAACCUCGAGCUCUCCGACGACUCGGACGUCGAGGUCCACCCCAAUGUUGACAAAAAGUCCUUCAUUCGCGCCAAACAGGCACAAAUCCACCAGGAUCGCGAGCGCAGACGGCAUCAAAUUAAGACGCUCAAGUACGAACGCAUCAUCAACGAUGGAUUGACACUCCGCAUCGACCGCCUUCUCACAGCCCUGAAAUCCCACCGCGACAAGCCCAAUGCCGCCGAAAACCCCGAGGCGCUGGUCUUCCAAUCGAUGAUGGAGAGUUCCAUGGAAAUGUCCGAGGACCGCCCGCCGGAGCCACCAGAGGGUGUGCACACACACAUUAAGGACAAACCGACGUAUCCGCAGAUGAUGGCGACUAUGGUGGAUCUGGUGAAGAAGGAGGUUGUGGACAAGGCUAAGGAGGGGGAGAACAAAUUGGAGAAAUUCAUAUCUGGACUGGACAACGAGAAGGGCCGGGUAGAGGGUUUGCAAAAGGAACUACUUGCUAAGCUAGCAGAGCUUGAACAGGAGGAGAAGCGACACAUCACCAGCGACGAUCUCCGUGAGGGUUUCAGUUAUUCCAAUGUCAAGAAGGCAGACGAACCUUCGAAACCAGCGGCUUCAUCUUCCACCGUUGAGCUACUCAACCCACCAAAACGCCCAGAAGCAUCUCGAUCGGAUACCGGACAAUCGUCUGGCGCAGACGCGGACGUCGAAGAAGGUACCGCCGUUGACGAAGACUCCGUAGAAGCUUCUCCCCUCGCUCAGGAAUUCGCAAGGAUAAAGCGCGGCGACUACUACAAGGCCCUCGAAUUCCUCCACAAGCACCCAGAAAUCCUAGCCGAGCGCGAAUCCGACGGCCUCCUCGUCGAAGCCUUCAACUCAGAACUCGACCACAAGCCAAAACAUGCCCAAAACUGCGUGCAUGCUGCACUUCUCCUCCAAUACUGCAGACAGCUCGGUGGAAAGGAUGGCGUGGCGCUAUUUUUCAAGCGCAUCACGACGAAGGAUCACCAGGCAAACAGGAUGUUCAACGACGACGUCGAUAACACGUACAGGAGGAUAAGAGUGCGCGCCGCUGAGAUCUUGAAGGAACGUGCGGAGAACCCAGAAUCAGCGGAGGGCGUCGAGCAGAUCCAGCUCCACGCCGUGGAUCCAAACACUACUAUCAACAUUCGUGUACCUGCCGCAACGCCCUCCUCGGAGGACCCAGAUGAGCGUGCGGCGGAAGAGGCGAGCCGACAGAUCUUCGACACAUUCCCUCCCGGAUUGCAAAGGGCACUCGAGAGCGGCAAGUUGGAUGAAGUCAACAAGGUGCUAGCCAAAAUGAGCGUGGACGAGGCGGAAGAGAUCGUUGCUAAACUUGGUGAUGGUGGCAUGUUGAGUCUCGAGGAGGGUGUCAUCGAUGCCACGACAGCAGAGGGACAGAAAGCAAUGGAGGAGAUCGAAAGGACGGGGAAAUUGCCCAACAGUGUUGAAGAAGUGGACUAAAUCACAGCGGAGGUUCAAUAAGCAUUCCAAUAGUCUUUUUAAGCUCAGUGAGAUUGCAUAAAGGAGGUCCAAAUUUUCGCCUUGGAAAUGAAAAUCAAUUCCGCAGUAAUGGCUGCUCAAUGUAACAUAUUACGCUCAAGGCGUCCCUUCCCUACCGUUGCCUCAAUGAAACUGAUAACUCCUAAAACUUUUCGUCCUUACACCAGUAAGCGGCGAUGACAUUGCCAUGUGCAAUCGUCGAGU